AUGGAUAAGUCGACUCGAACUAAUCCAUUUCUCGAUUUAAAACUUCAAAUAGAUGCGACAUCAUCAACAUCGACGGAGGUCAAGGUAUUCUCUUGCAACUUUUGUAAUAGAGUUUUCCCGACAUCGCAAGCUCUUGGUGGCCAUCAGAAUGCGCACAAGCAAGAGAGGGCCACCGCCAAGAAACCCAACGGUGGUGCCAUUGAAAACAACCGAGUUUGGUCCCACCCUAUGGCACAGCCAUCAUAUUUCUACUACAAUUACCACCAAAAUAAAAAUAACGCACAUGGAACCGAUUCAUUCAUUCAAAACAAACAGGCAUCGCUUAUUCCAUGGAAUGGUUACCCACCACAGCCCAACUGGCAGUAUCGGGGACCACAUUCGGCCUUAACACAUCGGCCACAUGGUGGGAACGUUGGAUUCCGAGGAGGCUCGUCGUCAUCAUCGAUGAAUUUGAUGGGCAAUAGUAACGAUAAUGGGAAGAGAGGUGGGAUUAAUGAUUCUAAGAUUGAUGAAGACCAUGAUGGAUCUGGGCUUGAUUUAAGUCUCAAGCUUUGA